CUGGUCGCAGUUCAAACAACCUGCCGACUUGGUCCGACGCACGAAUGGCGAAUUUUACCUGUUCAAAUCGGGGCCGAGGCAAAAUUAUUAUUUUGUUUCCGUUACUCUUAAUGUUUUUCCUCCCUAAAGCAUUUAGCCUACGAUGUAACGUCUGCGAAAGCGGAGAGUCAUGGGAAAACUGCGACAGAAACAUGACGAUAAAAGAGUGUACCGCACAAGAAGGGAGAUGCGUCAAAUAUGACUAUCACGUGACAUACGAUAACACUACCAUGCCACAAUCAAAGCGUUUUCAACGUGAUUGUUUGCCUCCAGCCCAGUGCUCUAGCAGUACACUUCAAGCUUGUAGAGACCUCGAGAAGCCUGGUAUCCCGAUGAAAGUAACGUGUCACGUGUCAUGUUGUGCCGAAGACUCUUGCAAUUCUCAAGUAAAGACGAGUGCCUCUGUUCUAGUAAUGAUUAUUAUUCUUCUAACUGGGGCCACCUUUCAAAUUUAAGAGACAGUAAGAACAUUGUUGUCUCUUUAUUCAACACAUUGAACUGAUCUCUGGAAAAACUGCCUCUUUUAUGAUCAAUCGUCAUCAACUUGACCAAAUGUUAUGUCGUUAAGUUUAUUGACUGUUUUUUUCAAUGUCGAGAAGGAUUUUAUUUCACAGUGGAGAACAUUUAGAAGUAAUUAUAAUUUGCUCGAAUAAUAGGCCCAACAAAUUGAUUGGGGUCCAAUUUUAAUCAACUUUAAGCCACAUUUCCUUCCUUUCCGAUUUCGAAUCACAUGUGAUAUUAAAGCACAAAAUGUAUAUAGUUGUGGAAAAAUCCAGUUUGGGUUUAAUACAAAUGAUCAUUCAAUGGCAGAUUAGCAUUCAGACACACACUCAAGUAAUUCACACAAGCACUUUAAAAUAAGCACUAACACUACUUAUGCAAGUUUGCAAGAUUGAGUAGCUCUGCUUGUGGGCGCAGGAGGAAGACCAUGCGCAUA